GACUGGAAAAAAAUAGGAGGAGACAGAGCAAGAUGGAGAACUAACAAGCAAAGGAAGGCAAUUGACAGAACCAAGAAUGAAUUUAAAUUUAUUUUCCACCGUGGUAUUGAUAUUAGCAGCAAUAACCCGAGGUAAUGCAGGCUUGCCAAGACCUCAGAAUGUGAAAAUUAAGUCGGUGAACUUGAGAAGUGUGCUGCACUGGGAUCCUGUUAGCACCGAAGCUACAGCUUAUGAUGUGGAAUACAAACUCGUGGACUUUCAUCAGUGGAGCGCCAUUAAAGAAUGCGCUUCCACUAACAAGACAGAGUGUGACUUCACAGACAGUAUCCAUCACUACUAUAACGUGCAGCUGCGAGUGAGAGCACGGAGUGGGAGCAACACUUCUGCAUGGGCGGAGACCAAACAAUUUUGUCCCCUAAGUCACACUGAGUUAGGACCACCAGGCGUGAAGUUGGAAGUAGAGUCCGGUGUGCUGUAUGUUUCUAUCUCCGACCCCUUGGAAAACAGCACAAACCAAUCACUGAAGUACUACUAUGAACAGCUCAAGUACCAGAUUACCUACUGGAAGGAACGUGAAAAAAUGAUAGAGUUAGAUCCUAGUCCAAGUACAUCAGUCAGACUGGAAGAGCUUGAACCCGGUGCGAUGUACUGCGUGGAGGUGAAAGCUGUGGAGGACUAUUACCAUGUCAAUAACCAAGUCGGCAAGCCAAGCAAAGUUGACUGCAAAACCAUUUAUGAUAAUAGUCCAACAAAAGUGGUUGUCCCAGUGGUGCUGGGUGCAGUCAUUAUCUUUCUUUUUGUAAUCGGAUGCUUCUUACUCAUGCGCUACACCCCUGGGCACAUCAAGGAUUUGCUGCAUCCAACCUGGAACUUCCCCGACCACAUAGCAGAGUUCCUCAACAGAUCUUCUGAGGGGAUGAAUGUCAGAUGUGACUCUGAAGAAAAGUUUGACAAUGUAUCUGUCCUUUUGGAUGACAGCAGCAGUAGUACAUCUCCAGUCCAAAGCUAUGAACAAAGCAACGUUAAUGAUCUAAAUAGCCUAAGAUGCUGAAGAAGACAGAAGAAAGAAUUAAGAAAGACAAUGUUAUCUAAUACUGUGACAUUUACACCUCACCCCACUUUUAAAGGACUUGGUAUUGGACCUAAUGGUAUUGGUUGGGUUGCCUUAAAUUUGUAGAAAAGAACAGGAUCUCACAACAACCUACUGUCAAGCAAAAUCAUGACAUAACUUGUUCUUGGAAAAUCUAUAUUGAAAAUGACUUGUUCCAUUCAAAUACGCAUGGGAGCUGCUAAAGGAUGUGUGUCAGACACACAUCCUUUAGACAGACUACUGUCUGUCAGACUACUGUGGAUUUCACAACUAUUCAUAAACCUUAACUCCAUAAACCUUUUUUACUGCAGUGGACAAUUGUAAUUCCAUUGCUUGGAAGGUCUGAGUGGCUGUGUUUGCCUUUGUUCCCCUUUGUUUACCACUUAUUUUCAAGUUGACAAAGGGUUUACGUAGAUUAAAUGUUUUCUUCACCAUACACUGAGCUGUGGCUUUUGGGAGUCUUAGUUAAUAGAAAUUAAAUAGCUGUAUAUCUAAUGUAUGCUGAUUUGCCUUUUGAUUUUCAUUUUCACACUGCUGUCAGUUCUGUACCAGAUGUUCAGACUAAUUUAAGACUUUGACUUAUCUCAAUCUAACAAUUUAGCCUAUCAUAGCACAUGUAAGGAAUGCUUCUUGCUGUAGGGGUUAUCUUGUUAUUACAGUAGAACUUGUCAUAUGCAAUUUAACUGAUUCCAGGGGUCCAUAGAGGUAUUGUAUCUCAGAGGGAGUCACUAUACUACAUUAUAGUGGCUUUAUUGACAGCAGGGCAUUCAAAAUUAACAAAGUCAGGUAUAUCUGCGUACCUAAAACUCCAAAGUAUAGUACUGCACUUAUACUAUACAAAGAAAAUCAAUAAAAUUAAUGCAAACAGAGCACUGCAAUAGACAAGUUGUCAGUUUACAAAAUAACAUUCCUGCUGUGCUUUCUCCGCCCACAUCAAGCUACUCCAACAGGUUUGUUUUUUCAUCAUGCUUGUUAACCCGGGACACAAACAACAAUAUGAAAGCAUGCAUACAACAAACUGGCUUUGGAGAUCGGCAAAAAAGAUCUUAAGAUUUUUAAUCAUAUAGUAACUAUAUUAUCCCUGGGCAGCUGCAUGAAGUGACAGCAAGUGAAAGGUGAAACUGAAUUCCCAUACAGUCUUUAUCUGCAGGUGUCCAAUCUGCCCUCCUAAGAGCUGCAUUUACUGUUAGACUCAAAAAAAGUGCAUUGAUCAGUUUCUAUCAGUACCAUUCCACUGGUAGAAGCAUUUGUAAAUAACACAUGCCAGAGGUUCGCUGGUUAAUAGGGGUAUCGUAUUUUACAGGAUUGGAUAUGACAGGUUCUGCUGUAUUACUUUUGUAAGAUUUAUUUUGUUCUGUAUAUAGCUACAUUUGUAUAACCAUUACUAUUAAAUAAUUUAAUAUUUUUACAUA